GCCCCUCCAAUUUCACCAGAUUUACAUCUCCACCCUCCUCCUCCUCGUCUUCUUCCUUCCUCUUCCCAUUCUGCUCGUCCGUCUCCGAUUCGCAGCCACAUCGACAGAUCCAGCCGCGCCCCUGAUCCAGUGGUAGCUCGAGCGAGGCUGCUAUCACGGUGGAGGAUUUUCGUCUGAUUCGAGGAGGAAUCGGUCGGGUCGAGCAGAGGAGCGGAAGAAGAAAGAUUGGUCGGAAGGAGGAGAGAGGUGGGGAUGAUACUUCUCCAGUCGCCGUCCAGGUUCCUGCUCCAGAUCCUGCAGGAUCGCGUCCUCAGUGGCGACAAGGGCGUGGACAUCGAUUGCCACACGGUGGAAUUCGACGAUGUGCGGUAUCAUAUCCAGUUUUCUAUGAGGAAUCCAAAGGUAAUGGUGCUAUCAGUAGCAUUGCCCCUCCCACCUCCUGAGGCCAUGCUAUAUGAUGGACUUCCACUUGGUGCUAUCGAGGCAAUAAAGGCAGCUUAUGGACCAGUCGUUCAAAUUCUUGAUCCUCCAAAGGAUGGCUUUGAUCUCACAAUGAAGAUAAACUUGACAAAGCUUCCGCCAGAUGAAGAGCAAAGGAAUGCUGUCUUGACUCAAAUUGCAUCUGUGAGAGAGGUGGUGCUGGGUGCACCACUGAAACUUCUGCUGAAGCAUCUAGCUUCAAAGACGGUGGCUCCUAAUGUUGACAAGCUUGUUGCUCUUGUUCACCGUCCUAAUGAAUCCUUUUUCGUUGCUCCCCAGGCAGACAAAGUUACAGUAGUAUACCCUAUGAGGUUCCAGGAUUCCAUUGAUAUAGUUUUAGCAACUUCCUUUCUGCAGGAAUUUGUGGAAGCAAGGCGGACUAGCGCUCUUAACAACGCCCCUUCCUGCUUGUGGUCUCCAGUACCACCUCUUGAGUUAAAAGGAGUACCUUCUGAUGCACUAAAUGCAAAUGCCGGUUUUGUUACUUUUGUUGUUUUCCCGCGGCAUGUUGAGGGUAAAAAAUUGGACAAAACAGUUUGGAGUUUGUUGACUUUUCAUGCUUAUGUAAGCUACCAUGUGAAGUGUUCUGAAGGAUUCAUGCACACCAGGAUGAGACGUAGAGUUGAGACGCUGAUCCAGGCUUUGGAUCGUGCAAAAUCUGAUGCAGAGAAGUUGAAGAAGUUGGUGAAUGGUGGAUCUUUCAAAAGGCUGAGCUUGAAUAAUGACGGCAACUAGCGUCAGCGAAGAUGCUGUCGGUGUGUCAGUAGAAGACCUUUUAUAUCCUGGGACCAUAGAGCCGCAGCUGGUGAAACAGAAUCAGCAUCCGGCUGUUCAUCGCUUGUUUCUUUUUUUCCGGGAGGAUAUUCUACCUUGCUGAAUUGAGGGUGAGGAAUAGAUUAAACUGAAUUGACCUUAGUGACUUGCGACACCAUAACGGCGUAUCACCUGAGGACGCUCAUUUCUUGUUGGCCCUCCUACAUCGAUCCAUCUUUCUACACUUCCUUCUAUGUUUGUUGAUUGAUCCAUCGGCCCAAGUCAGUCUAGGCUAUUAUGAGUUCGAUUUUGUAAAAUAUUGUUUUCUAUAGCCUGUCAGAUGAUUGUUAUUUUCAUUGUAGCUGUGCUGAAAUGGAAACUCAAGAGCAGUUUUAUUA